CAUAGCCCAACCUUAAACAUGCUUCAAUUAUUGAGUAUGGAGGAUACUAUUGACUUUCUAAUGUUCUACGUCGUUCCCGAGUAAUUCCUCAUACAAAUUAAAAUGAAUUUCUUAUCACUAAGAGAAUAUGGAGUCCCCCCAAGAGCAGGAGUGUCUCAGGUUUCGAAAGUCUAUAAUUGGGAAGUCUCAGCUGCAGAUAAAACCUUGGGCUUGGGCUUGGGCAAGGGCAGCGCGUUCUGCAAGAUGAGUGAGGGUUGGACAUGUAUCAUAACUAAGACUGAGGGGCCUGAUGCAGGCAAAGUUUUUGUUAAAUGUGGUGAAAAUUGCACCUGUACCAUUGAAGGAGAAGCAGUGUCCAAAGAAAUAAAUUUGCCCCCUGAUGUUGUGGGUAGCAGUGGCAAGGGAGCAUUUUGCAAGUGUGGUGAAGGGUGGAGUUGCGUUAUUUUCAGGACUGAAGGCCCUGACGCAGGCUCUGGCAAGGGCUUUGCUGAAUGCGCUGGACAGUGUUCUUGUACUGUUAAAGAUAAAUGAUUCAGGACAAGUCCAUCAACUGCAUAUUUAUGAUAUCAUCACAAUCAUGUGUGAUCACUGAUCAGUAAUAACGGAAAUGAAAAUGUUCUGUCAUCGGUAUUAUGUUUGAUUGGUAAUAAAGGGUGUGAUCAGUAUUAGUUUGUAGUUGAGAUAAUAGACUAAAUUCGCAAAUGAAAUGUUAAUUACUGAAUAAUGAACAUUUGGGACAGC